UUUAAUGGAAUGGAAUCUACCUCAGAAUCAUGGUUUAAUUAAAUUUUAAAACAGUUUUGAUUUCGGCAUGGAAAGUUAAAAAAAAUAUGCAAAAUGCCCAAAACUAUCGAACUCACAGUUGAAAUUGUUGUGCAGAGGGUUUCCUGUCCAGGCGUGUGGCUGUGUCAAGAUGGCAGUGUCUCGCUCAUCGUAUCCGCUCUGGGCACAAGCUAUGAAACCUGUACACUACCCCCCACCUUCCCCAUCGAGUUCAAGGACAGAUUGUACUUCCGGAAGAGGUUUCAAGAAACCUGUGCAUUGAGUAACAUGUGUUGUUUAUUGAAAGAUGAAACCUUAUACUGUGAGCUAGUGCAAUGGUGCCAAAACUGUGAAUCUGGUCAAUGUAACAUCCUCGCCCAGUACCUCGGCUCCCUUAGUGAUGUUCUGUUUCCGCCAAAGAUGUGUUGCAGUGACGGGGUGGACUUGCUCAUGAGGAGGUCUAAGAAGUAUCCUGGUAUUCUCUCGCCAAAGAUCGAGAUAGCUACAAAAGUCCGCAUAGAUGAAGUUUGGGACCAGAAAUCCGAGCAAUUUAAUGUAAAUAUUCAGAACAUCAAAAAUAUCACCGAUUGCAACUGUAUUCCUCGUUCAGGGCCAAGGCAGAAGACCGUCUGCCACACUCCAGAGUACCACAGAAACAAAUGUCCUACUGGCACACCGGGCACGAAGUGCCGGUCGAGGUCCAGGUCGCGGUCCGGGGGCUCCGGUAGCAGUGUCAGUCGCGGCCAAGACAAAUUCCGCUGUGCAUACUCCGAGGGUAGAAAGCCAGAUUUCGCGGCUAAUAGCGAAGAAAAAAAAGUAUUACUUGAGAGCCGAUACGUAGAUGUCGAUGAGAGACACACUCACGGGUACGAAGACAUACAAACUAUAAGCCAUACAAAUGGUUACGAAAAAAGCAAACCUUGCGUCUGCGAAAUCUGUAAACGAUAUCACGAAUUAUUUCACUCGGACUCGGAUGCACACGUUUCGUGAUAACCAAAAAUAAGUUGUAUGCACAUUAUCAUAAGAUACUAAAUGUAUUUGCCCCUUCGUAAGUACCUGUUUCAAUAUUUAAUAUUGUUUGUAACACUGCCUUAUUUAUUUAGGAUUGAAAUUUUAUUGUUGUAUUGUUUUUUACGAAUUGUAUGUAAGUACGAAUCAUGAAAUAAAACGAAACACACAU